AACACGAGAACCGAGCCGUCGAGCCCGAACCGAUUGCUCCACCGUCAUUUUUGAGGGGAUAAAGACGUUCUCUGGUGCGUGGUGCAGCGUCCAUUGUGGACAUUUGCGUGUGCGAUGCUGCAGAUGUGAGCGACAAGAAGGCCCUUUGCAUCUGGAUACUGCAACAUGGACUAUUCAUGCAUCAUACUAUGGAUGUCGAUUGGUGAACUGAUAUUCAAACCUCUUUUUUUGUCAAUUGCCCACUGCUGGUUCCUGCCGAUCUUGGGUGGGCAAAAGGCAGGAUCACUCUGGACUGAUUACCUGUCAAUCACAGGAAUAAGGACCAGACAUUCAUACCUAUAAUUGCAGUUUUAGGGACCAAGUAUAAACAUGUAAUUUCAUAUACGGAUCAAAACCCAGUGAAAAUGCUGUAGCAACAGUGCUGUGCACAUUUACGUGUUGUAAAUGUGAGCUACGAGAGGGCAUUUGGAUCUGGAUGCCGUAACAUGGACUGUUCUCAUUUCCUAUGGCUCUAGUCUGUUGAACUGAUAUUAAAACAUUUUUUAAUGAUUUAUAUAUACUGCUUAUUCGCUGGUUCCUACUGGCUUUGGGUGAGAAAGAGGCGGGGUCACCCUGGACUCAUUAUCUGUCAAUUACAGGAGCAUAGACCAGACAUUCACACCUAAGUGCAGUUUUAGGGACCAAGUAACAACAGAAAGUUUCAAACCAAUGUUGACAAAAUGAUCAUAACUGAGUGAAAAUGCUGUUCAUGUGAACCUUUGCAUGUAUGACCUACAAUAAGGCCAUUUCAUGGACCUCAUCAUGAGAUGCUCCAACAAGGACUCUUCUCACAUUAUGUGGAUCUAGACUGUUGAACUGAUAUUCAAACAUCAUUUUGCUGAUACUGCUUAUUAAGGGUUCAAGGCUGCUUCUUGCUGACUGGAAGAACGAGAGGCAGAUUCACCCUGGACUGAUCACCUGUUAGUCACAGGAACAGCAACAGACAAGACCUUAAAUCACACAAGCAGAGUUUUAGGGUUUGUUUAAAUGGCAACAACCAAAGCAAAACGUUUCGUGGACAAGGGUUGACAAACAUAUCUCCAUUCACCCUAAAAACAGAGUGAAAAUGCUGUAAUAUGCAUGCCGAGCCAAUACUUGGUGAUGUGACCUAUCCUAAAUCUUCUUUUGAAUACACUUCCUGGAUGGAAGGUUUUACUAUAAUGCGGUUACAAGCACAAACGCUGUAAUACCGACCUGGUUGUCCAUUAGUGUUUUAGUUGUCAUGUAUUCUCAUUUCCUCAGACAAACAAAUUGCAUUGUCUGCACUGAAACGAGAAAACAGUCAAUCUCAGACGUCCCCAUUUUCAGGCUCGUUGUCACGUAAGCGAACAGCUGUUUUCUUUGACCUGUUUUGAAAGACGGUGUCCAGCUGAUUACCUAACAUGUUGUUUGACUGUGAGAUGAAGUGUCUAAAGACAUCCUAACAUACAACCCAAAAACCUUCUCCGUCUGCCUGGAAUUGAAAUGUCUCCCUUGUUUUUCACAAUUUAUUGACUGGGUCAGACAGGACACCGCAGGCAGGCAGGGUGAGGCCAACGAUGCCAUGCUCUCAGGCGCCCAGCCUUGGCCCCAAUGUAUCCGACGCCCAAAGGCAUUUGGACUACGACUUCCCUGGCCGAGAUCCAUUGUGGAGCUCGGCAGCCAACAGCGUUCUCAAGAUUAUGCUGAUAUCUGUGAUCGUUUGCGUGUCCUUGUUUGGGAAUGUGGUGGUGCUGCUGGUUUUCCAGCGGAAGCCUCAGCUCCUGCAUGUGGCCAACCGCUUCGUCCUCAACCUCCUAUUGGCCGACCUUCUCCAGACCGUGCUGGUUAUGCCCUUCGCCAUCGCGGCCACUGUGCCAGGGGUUUGGCCCCUAGAUGCCCGAUUGUGCCAGGCGUUGGUGGUGCUCAUGCAUCUCUUUGCAUUUACCAGUGUCAAUACCAUCAUCGUUGUUUCCGUGGACCGCUACCUGGCCAUUAUCCAUCCUCUGUCCUAUCCCACCCGGAUGACGCCUCACCUAGGCACCAACCUGAUCAUCUGCACCUGGGUGUUCAGCUUCCUGCAGAGCACGCCGCCUCUGUACGGCUGGGGCACCAUCAACUUUAACCACCAUCACAAGAUGUGCUCGGUGGUGUGGUCCUACAGCCUGUCCUACUCCAUUGUGGUAGCCACCUUCUCCUUCUGGCUCCCGGUUCUCGUCAUGCUCGGGUGCUAUUGGAUGGUUUUCCGUGCGGCUCGGCGGCAGAAUGCCCUGGUGCACCCCAUACAGACACGAUCCUACUCCCAGACCUGUCCUCCAGACUUGCAAGGACAGAGCAGCUCGGCACCCCAGCAGGCGGGUUCACCGGAUGCCCCUUCCUUGGCCAAGGGGUACCCCACUCGUGUGAGGCACCGACGCUUCCACUACCACUGCAAGGCCGCACGUGUCGUCUUUGUGAUCAUGGCGUCAUAUAUCCUCAGUAUGGGACCCUACAGCGUACUGAACACCAUAUCUAUGAGCGCCAGAGCAGAUGUGCCCCCCUGGCUGUCCUCUCUGGCCCUGGUGCUCUUCUUCUUGCAGUGCUGCCUGCACCCGUACAUCUACGGAUACAUGCACCGCAGCGUGCGGAAGGAAUUCCUCGCCUUGCUCUGCGGGAUGUUCUGCAAGCAGGGACAGAGCUCGGCCACCGAGACCUGCCACACCACGGCGAGGGAGGGCCGCGCCGGGGCACACCCUCACUUGCCCAGCCUAGCCGCCAGGGUCUUUCCACUGCAGACGUGGGAGGAGUGCACCACGUCGUCCUCGCCCACCUUUGAGAGGAGGUCGAGGGACAGCCACAAGGAAACCACCACGACCAGCGUCAACUCGGAUCGGGAGCCCACUGUCCAUGACAAGCAGAGUAUAUAAAGAGGUCAAAUGUUGGACUGGCAAUGGCUUUAUGUAUACAGAUGUACUAUAGAACUAUACUGUACACCACUCCCAAAAAGUUAUGGAUAUUUGUCUUUCAGGUGAAAUGUUAGGAAGAACUUAAAAUGCAUUAUAACUGUUCUGGUGAACUUAAUUUUACCUUCUCUUAACCUUUGAAAACACGUCCAACUGUUUGCAAUGCUUCAGGAUGUUCUCUGAGGUAUCGGGCCACUGACCUUAGAACGUUCACAGAGUGUCAUCAGCAGUUUGCAACAAAGAGACCGUAAAAGUCACAGAAAUGUAUCAUUCUUGGAAAAUGAUUGGUUGUGAAUUCUGCCGUACAGCUCCUUGGUAAAGAAUGGCAAGUUGUGCAAAAUGUGACUGAAAUCUUGAACGGUCGGACAUGAACAUUCAAACAUUUUGAAAAGGUUAGGAAAUGUCACCUGAAAGACAAAUAUCUCUAACAUUUUGUGUGUCUUGUAUGUGUGAAAAUAUUAGCAGAACCCUUUAUUUUGAGGGUUUUAGUCCAUCAUUUAAGAGUACAAUUGCUUGGUAAGAUACCGUUCACUUUUGAAUUUAGAAACACACCUUUACCUUUUGGGCUGUGGAUAAGGUAAAGAGUAAAGAGUUACCUCGGAGUACAAUCUUUCAAUCAAGCCUGACGUGGUACCGGUGUGUCACUGCUUGUACAUCGAGGGACAGAAUUAGACUAUACGCCUAUUUCUUAUCGUGUAAAUACAUCUUAAGAUGGGUACAUGUAUACUGACAAUCGGGCCAAAUUUGAGCAUUUUUCUUUACUUGCGAUCAAAAUAAGAAAAAGACAGAUUUUCAGAUUCCUCUGAAAGAUUAUAGUGAGGGAUUAUCAUGUGGUGUGGUGUGUGUUAAGAGGGAUUUUUUCCUUCCCAAACUGCUCAGAAAUCGUGAAUAGUAAACCUGUUCAAUAUUUAUGAGCAAAAAUCCUCAUGUGUGGGAACACAGAAUUCAGCUGAGUGAGACUCUCUCAUUGUGAUGUCAAAUGGAACAAUAGCCCAUUAAGAAUUGACCUGAACCUCGAUUCAUUAUCAAAAAUAGUUAAGAUGUUAAAAAUCUGUGUGAAUGUAGCCGUACUGUACCUCACUUUAGACAGAGUGCAUCUCUCGACAAAUGUAAACGUCUCCAAUUGUCUAUUAAAGUACAAUAUAUUGGACUUUUAAAUCUCACGGCCAUCCUGCUCGUCGAUCCGUCAUCGUUAAUAUUUUAGCGACGGACAGGCUUCGCCUCCAGCCAGUCGACUCAGGGUGUGUUUUCAAAAAAACACAGCCUGUACUGUGUUGUAGUCCUCAUGUUUGGAAUAAAUCUGGUUGAGUGAGUGAAGAAUUGUUUCAAAGCGCCUUUUAACAAACAAAGGGUGAUUCACUGUACCUGUCAAUACACACAAUGGACCCGUACAAUAAAGGUUUGUCAUAAUUGGUUUUAACUCGAGCAUAAAAAAAGGGUUGCUUACUUGUGUGGCACAUGCAAAGCUUGAUUCCUUGAGCACCCGCCCCCUCCUCUCCCAAAAAAAAAAAAUCACAAAAUAAGGUUGAAUUGAUUUAAAACCAUCAACACAAACUGGCCAAGGAGCAAUAUAACUUUUUGUUUUCUACCAGGAAAAUUUUUCAGUCUUUACUUUUAGGGAUGAUGUGAAGGACAUUAGGUGGUUUUAAAUGAUAGCGAAAGCUACAUGAUGCACUUGAGGUAAUAAAUAAAUAAUAAACUUGAGGUCAAUAAACAUACAGUAUUAUAAUCUGUUCCUUUUCAGUGCUAAUGAGGUAACAAAUGUGACAUUUUAAAGAAAUAUGGGAUUACUUAUUUGUGUUAUUGCAAGAUUGAGAUGGAUGCAUGUUCUGCCCUUUACAAUAUCAAGAUAAUUGGUCUGUUAGUGCAAGAUUGCUGUUGAUGUUGAAUGAUAUCCAACAUAAAUAUGUAGUUUUAGUUAGCUGUCGUGUCUCGACCUGUCAAGAGAUUGUUGUGCUCAGUCAGUCCAAGAAGUGAAAAAUUAUUCUGAAUAAUUCAAAGCAGCAGUUGUACAUACAGUAACUCCCACAAUUGCGUUUUAAAACUUUUUUUUCUUAAAAGGUGUAGCAGCUAUAUAAGACAAGAAUAAUUUCCUGCUAUCGUGUUCAGAUAAAAGUUCCUGUGUGUUUAUAGAGAUAACUGAUGAGCGGUUAUGAAUGUCAGCCUUAUUAAUGUAUUUAUUUACAGUGCCUUGAAAAGGUACCCCUUGAACUUGUUCACAUUUUUCCACUUUAAAAAUCACAAACUUAAAUGUUUUUUGAUUUCGAUUUUUUCAUGUGAUCGACCAAAACACAAAGAACUGCAUAACUUUAAAAUGGAACGGAAAUUAUAUAUAUAUAUAUAUAAUUAUUUUACCCAAAUAAAAAUCAGGAAAAAAAACCUGCGUCAAUACGUUGUAGAACCAACUUUUGCUGCAAUUACAGCUGCGAGUCUUUUAGGGUGUCGCUACUGGCUUUGCACAUCUAGACUGAAAUUUUUGCCCAUUCUUCUUUGAAAAAUAGCUGAAGCUCAGCCAGAUAGGAUGGAGAGCAUCUGUGAAGAGUAAUUUCCAAGUCUUGCCACAGAUGCUCAAUGCGAUUAAGGUCUGGAUUUUGGCUGGGCUAUUCUAACACUUGAAUAUUCUUUGAUUUAUUAUAAACCAUUCCAUUGUAGCUCUGGCUUUAUUUUUAGGGUCAUUGUCUUGCCGGAAGAUGAAUCUCCAUCCCAGUCUUUAGGAGCCUCCAACAGGAUUUCUUCCAGGAUUAACCUGUAUUUAGCGCAAUACAUCUUCCCAUCAACUCUGACCAGCUUCCGUGUCCAUGCUGAAGAAAAGCAUCCACCAUGAUUCACAGAGGUGAUAGUGUCUUCAGUUUUCCACCAUACAUACAGUAGCAUGCAUGGCAUUUAGGCCCCUCACCCCCAAAAAACGUGGGUCUCAUCUGAAAAAGCACCUUCAUCCUCAUGUUUGCAGUGUCCCCUACAUAUCUUGUGGCAAACUGCCAAGUGGACUCCUUAUGCAUUUCUUCAAUGGCU